AUUUAUAAUGUAUGCAGACACUUAGAUAAGCUGUAAAACGCGCGACCAGCUACUUCAUAUACGACAAGAUCUCGGAUUUACUCUUGACGUUUCACUGCGUAUUCCAUUUGGUGAGACGAUACAUGAAGUAUGCACGGAGGGGUAAUACUUUCGGCCUGUAAUACUUUCGGCCUGUAAUACUUUCGGGUGCAAACUUCGUUCCUCAGGGGAAUAAUCUAUCCAAUCGGAUACGAGGAAAGGACAAAGGAAAGAGGUCGUGGCAAACUACCGAUUUCCGGGAAGACUCGGAACCAAUCAAAUCUGAGAAAAGGACAAAGUCAAAUCCGUCAAACUAUGUGCUUUCGAAAAACGUUUGGGUUGCGUCGUAUCGUCCUGAUUUCGUUCUUCAAGCCAGGGUGUAUUAUUGCUUGCAAGUCAAUGGAAGAACAAAAAGAAGAGAUUGUUGGUUUCUUACACAAUGUGUCUCCAACUGAAAAAAGUAGCAAGACAUCUUACUUUGACAUGUCCAUACAAACCACUGAUGGCUUAGUAAGAGGAGUCUGCGUCUCCGGAAGUAAACAGGAACACUUUGAUCAAAUGAGCAAAAAGAAAUCUCCAAUAAAACUUCGAAAUUUUAGAAUUGAAAGAGCAGGAGAUGCAACCACAGUACUGAUGAAUAACAAUGUACUGUUAGAGCCUACAAAAAAAAUACCUUUUUCAAGAAUUGAGUUGCCAAGUGCCAACAAUAUCCAAUCAAUUUCAGCUGCAAACACAAAUCAAAGUAUCACCAUCAAAGCCAAACUUAUUCAGAUGUCAUCAACAAAAAAAGUGAAGACAGAGUAUGGUGAAAAAAAAAAAUUGUUUGCCUAUCUUGUGGACCCACAUGGAGCCAUUAAAGUGACACUUUGGGAACAAUUCUGUGGAUCUCAUUAAUCCUGCUGAGCU